UCACUGUGACGCCCAACAUCGAUUCCCUUUUUGCAGGCGGUGGAGAAACCUUUCCUCUUUCACUUUCUCUCUCUAACUUUGCUUUUCUCUCUCUUCUUCUGGGUUUUCGCUGUAAAAACUCGACCUUUUUCUCUCUCUACAUUCCUCUCUCUCUCUCUCUCUCUUUAAAUCCUUCUCUCUCCAGAGUCCCCCCUUGAAUAAAACUCAGGUUCAUUCCCCGUCUUCGUCUACAGGCCUUCCUAUUUCUUAUUCCUCUUUCUCUCAAGGUUUUAAGGAACAGUAAUGGCGGGUGGUGGCGGUGGGGGAGCGGGGCCUGCUCCAAAGCAAGACGAGCCUCAGCCACAUCCAUCAAAGGACCAACUUCCAGGCGUUGAUUACUGUGUUGCCAGUUGCCCUUAUUGGCCGGAGGCGAUUCUACUCGGUUUCCAGCACUAUUUGGUUAUGCUUGGAACCACGGUUAUUAUUCCAACAGCUCUGGUUCCUCAGAUGGGCGGUGGAAAUGAAGAGAAAGUUAGGGUUAUUCAGACCCUUCUUUUUGUUGCUGGUUUGAACACCCUCUUCCAGACCUCCUUUGGAACAAGAUUGCCUGCUGUUGUUGGUGGUUCUUACACCUUUGUCGUGCCCACGAUCUCGAUAAUUCUCGCUAGUAGAUACAGUGACAUCAACCUUGAUCCUCAUGAGAGAUUUAAGCGAACCAUGCGGGGAACUCAGGGGGCGCUAAUUGUGGCUUCGACCCUCCAAAUCAUUAUUGGGUUCAGUGGCCUUUGGCGCAAUGUUGCAAGGUUUCUGAGCCCGCUUUCAGCUGUUCCUCUUGUAACUCUGGUUGGUCUAGGACUUUAUCAGCUUGGGUUCCCUGGGGUGGCUAAAUGUAUUGAAAUUGGACUUCCCCAAUUGCUUCUAGUGGUCUUCUUCACCCAAUAUGUUCCGCAUGCCUUAAAUGGAAGGAAGACUUCCAAACUCUUUGGAGUAAUAUUUUCCGUAGCGAUCAUAUGGGUUUAUGCACAUCUUCUCACUGUGGGUGGUGCAUAUAAACACUCGCCGACAUUGACUCAAACCCAUUGUCGCACUGAUAGAGCUGGACUCAUAAGUGCGGCUCCAUGGAUCAGAGUUCCAUAUCCAUUUCAAUGGGGGGCGCCCACAUUUGAUGCAGGCGAAGCUUUUGCCAUGAUGGCUGCCUCCUUUGUUGCUCUUGUGGAGUCUACUGGAACUUUAAUAGCCAUAUCAAGAUUUUCAAGUGCCACCCCAAUGCCACCUGCUAUUCUCAGCCGCGGUGCCGGUUGGCUGGGAGUUGGUAUUUUGAUGGAUGGUUUGUUUGGAACAGCGAAUGGAUCAACUGUAUCAGUUGAAAAUGCUGGCUUAAUAGGAGUAACAUGUAUCGGGAGCAGAACAGUUGUUCAAAUAUCAGCUGGCUUCAUGAUUUUCUUCUCAAUUCUAGGGAAGUUCGGGGCACUAUUUGCUUCUAUCCCGCUACCAAUCGUAGCUGCUCUCUACUGUCUGUUCUUUGGCUAUGUGGGCGCUGGAGGCCUUACCUUCCUUCAGUUUUGCAACCUCAACAGUUUCAGAGUAAAGUUCAUCCUUGGUUUCUCUCUCUUCUUGGGCUUCUCAGUUCCUCAGUACUUUAAGGAGUACACGGUAUCUGCUCGUUAUGGUCCUGUUCAUACUCCCGCCAGAUGGUUCAAUGACAUCAUCAAUGUCCCAUUCUCUUCCGAAGCCUUUGUUGGGAGUAUUGUGGCUAUGUUUUUGGACAUCACUUUGCCACCAAGAGACACUGCAACAAGGAAAGAUAGGGGUCUUCAUUGGUGGGACAAGUUCCGGUCCUUUAAAGGGGACACGAGGAGUGAAGAGUUCUACGCCUUGCCAUUUAGACUUAACAAGUUCUUCCCUUCAGUGUGAGAAAGCCAUGAACCUUUGCGGCAGCUCAAAGAAUGAGCUAAACUUUCACCCGGCAGGUGAGAUAAAUUCUGAGGUAAGUCAUAAGAAUGGAAAUACGCAAUUCAUAAAAACCUCUCUACCCCGAUUGAUGAAAGGCGGAAAAAGAACCUCUCUGUUCCUCUAUGACGUUGUUAGUUAUGGCAUCUCUUUCUCUACUCUAGUGCUGUUAAUCAUGUCUUAUUUGCUUCGUUCUGUAUAUCAUUAAUGUGAGAGGAUUAGAGUCUGGAGAAACUUCUCUUGUGUUUUUCUUGUAGUGGAUAACCCAAUUGUGCCUGCAAUUUUGCAUGAAUUUGCACUUUGUUAACUUUAAACAUGGCAUAUCCUUGGACUCGUGAUGUAAGAGAUGUUCAAUCAUUUUUUUUUUUCUUCUAGCUUUUGGAUACGUGAUUAUGUGCUUAUGUUAUCAUAUUUUGAUGUA